GCUUGUACUGCGCAUGCUCCUCUGCAGAUAGUACCGCAAAGCAUGCUGGAGCUUCCUUUCUCUCCGAGGCCAUAUUGGAGCUAACUCACCGUUGGCCGGACUUGGACUUAAAUCGCUCAAAAUGGUGGCCGCAAAGAAGACUAAAAAGUCGAUGGAGUCCAUUAACUCCCGGCUCCAGCUGGUGAUGAAAAGUGGCAAGUACGUGCUGGGCUAUAAGCAGUCCCAGAAGAUGAUCCGGCAGGGAAAGGCCAAGCUGGUCAUCCUGGCAAACAACUGUCCUGCUCUCAGGAAAUCUGAGAUUGAGUACUAUGCCAUGCUGGCCAAAACCGGUGUCCACCAUUACAGCGGAAACAACAUUGAGCUUGGUACAGCCUGCGGCAAAUACUACAGGGUGUGCACACUGGCCAUCAUUGACCCCGGGGAUUCUGACAUCAUCAGGAGCAUGCCUGAUCAGCAGCAGCCGCCUCAGUAGAGCGCCCCCCUGCCCCAAUUGUAAUAAAUAAAAGUUGGUGUUGACAUUA